UUAACACUCUCUAGACAAGGACGGUUUAAAGAGGCAGAAGAGCUACAAUUGCAAGUCCUGCAGGAGAGAAAGAGAGAGCUGAGUGAUGAACACCCUGAUACGCUAACCAGCAUGCAUAAUCAUGCCGUCACGCUGCAUUCAACAGCUCGUUGCAAGGAGGCGUGUGCGCUCAUGGAAAAAUGCUACCAAUCGUCUCGAAAGAUCCUUGGUGAACAACACGAUUUCACACAAUCUUCGUCUGCUUGGCUUCAUCACUGGCGGGAAAAAAGACUUUAA